AGAUAUGAAAACCUUCCUAAUUGCUGCUGCCUGCUUCGCCGUGGCCGUUGCUGGCCCCACGCGCUUUGUUCUCCCCGGAGUCGCUGGACCUGCUCCCGUCAUCGACCUCGACGAAUACGAGCCUAUCCAUGUUGGACCCGCAAUCGUAGAAGGCGAAUACGAGCCCAUCCAUGUUGGACCCGCAAUCGUAGAAGGAGAACACGAGGAUAUCUCCGUUGGACCUGCAAUCGUCGAAGGCGAACACGAGGAUAUCUCUGUUGGACCCGCAAUCGUCGAAGGCGAAUAUGAGCCCAUCCAUGUUGGACCCGCAAUCGUAGAAGGCGAACACGAGGAUAUCUCCGUUGGACCCGCAAUCGUCGAAGGCGAAUACGAACCCAUCCAUGUUGGACCCGCAAUCGUUGAAGGCGAAUACGAGCCCAUCCAUGUUGGACCCGCAAUCGUAGAAGGCGAACACGAGGAUAUCUCCGUUGGACCCGCAAUCGUCGAAGAAGCCGUACCCGUGAGCUCUCCUCUUGUUCAGAUCAUCAUCAACGUCAAGCCCGGCUCUGGAAACCUUGUGUCUGUUGAGCCUACACCCGUCAUCGUGCCCGAGGUUGAUCCCACACCCGUGAUCGUCGUUGACCAACCCGAAUCCAUCUCCGUCGGACCUGCUAUCGUCGAAGGCGAAUACGAACCCAUCCAUGUUGGACCCGCAAUCGUUGAAGGCGAAUACGAGCCCAUCCAUGUUGGACCCGCAAUCGUAGAAGGCGAACACGAGGAUAUCUCCGUUGGACCCGCAAUCAUCGAAGAAGCCGUACCCGUGAGCUCUCCUCUUGUUCAGAUCAUCAUCAACGUCAAGCCCGGCUCUGAAAACCUUGUGUCUGUUGAGCCUACACCCGUCAUCGUGCCCGAGAUUGAUCCCACACCCGUGAUCGUCGUCGAAAAGCCUGAGGUUCCCGAGCCCGUCAUCGUCGCUCCCGUCAUUAUCCCCGAGCCCGUCAUUACCCUCCCUGACAUCCUCAACUAAGGAAUUAAAAACCACGAUGCAAAGAACGUAAAUAACAUCUGCUUAUUAUGAAGUGCUCACAAUCAGUAGACCUAAUGUUGUAAAAUCUUUUCAACAUUAACAUG